AUGCAGCAAAGGAUGUACAUCCAGUUGAUAGGACUGAGUGGACUACUCAAGACACCUAGCAUCAAAAUUAGACGUGUAUUGUGCCUGGCCAACGCUAAUUCAUAUGACGCAGAGCAGGAUGCCUUUAUCAUCAAUGGGAUACCAUGUAGGAUCACACUGGAAAAUGUAGCGCAUAUAACAGGCAUGCCCUGCCAUGGGAAGAAGCACGUCCCUUCAAAUCUUGAUGAUAAUAUGGAGUUGUGGAAGAAACUAAAAGAUCGUAAGGACACCAAAAUAACUUUCAAAGGAUUGCUAGCCAAGAUGAAAGUCGAUAGCACACCAAACUUUGUUAGGCAAUUUGUCUUGUACACCAUAGGCAAAUAUGUAUGCCAAACAUAA